UUGAAAAAUGGGGGAAGGGAUCCGCGUUUUCCGUACAAGCCCGACUCUUGUCAAAAUAGAGCGCUUCUCCUUCACGUCUCUCUUUCCUUCUAUACCUCUGUUCUUCCUCUUUUCCCGUUUGCCCUUCAGGAGCUUGUGAGUGUUCCGCGUAUCCCUCCUCAAGCGCACCAGAGGCGUUAAUCGGGAUGGGAAAGUUUCGGAGUGAUGAAGGAUUUGGUGUCACAACUUAGCUAAAUCAACUUUUAUCCAGCUAAAUUGCAUCCAUAAUAAAUACAUUUUGACAUGAUAUCACGCACAUCUUUGAAGAAACUAUUAGAUGAUGAUAUUCUGUUACAUAGCUGGGACGAUGUAACUUGCCCAAUAUGUCUGGACGUCCCUCACAAUGGAGUCCUCCUCCACUGCUCCUCCUACAAUAAUGGGUGCCGUGCUUUCCUUUGCGACACUGACCAAACACACUCUAACUGUCUUACCCGUUUUCGAAGUGCAUUCGGAGUACCCAAAAGCGCCGAAUGUCAGACGACGAGUAUGGCUGAUGAUUCCAUUCAACUGAUACCAUCGAACUGUGAAAGCCUUCCAACCUGCCCUUUGUGCAGGGGAGAGGUGGCCGGUUGGGCCAUCAUCAGGGAGGCCCGCGCUUACUUCGACACGAAGGUGCGGCGUUGUGAAGAGCAGCACUGCUCUUAUGUUGGUAACUUUGUUCAGCUACAGAGUCAUAUGCAGCUAAAACACCCUAAUUCUCAUCCUGCGGAGAUAGACCCUGCACACCAAUUGGAUUGGGAGAAUUUUCAGCAAUCUUCGGCUAUCAUUGAUGUCCUGACCACCAUACAUGCCGAAGUUCCGCAUGGGGUUGUGUUGGGGGAUUAUGUCAUUGAAUACGGUGAUGAGAAUAACGAAGAUGAUUACGAUGAUUUUCGUGCAAAAUGGUGUAACUCAUGCAUUCUUUAUCAGGUAUUUGGUAAGUUCAGGGGUUCGAGAAAUGGAGGGAGAGCAAGGGGAAGAGCUGCAAUGCGAGGUCGGCACAGAUCAGCCUCUGUUGGUUCGACUGAGCGCUCAACAUCAUCUGGAGAGGCUUCGAUGUACAGGUUCCACGAAGUGGAAGAUGAGUUUCAAGGAAUGGCUGCUUCAGGUAGGAGUCGCGCGGUGGCAUCCAGAGGUUUCAUUGAUGGACACAGACACAGUUAUAGGGGGCGCCGGCCAGGCCUAGGUGACCGUUAAACAAAAUAGAACUUCCACAUUAAUCUGUUUCAUUUUCAAGGCGGCUUGGCUUCCACCCAGAAACAGCUAUCAAUACUCUUUUUUCUUUCCUUAUAGUUGCCCAGAAGGCGUUUAUUUGUUUAUAGAUAGAAAUAGUAUCUAAACAGGUUCUACGUUGUCUGA